AUGAAUUCUUUUGAAAAAAGGUUACUCUUGUUAAAAAAAGAUGAAAAGGAAUCUUUUAUGAAUUUAGUAAAGCAACUUUUAACAAAAGAGAAAACAAUAUUAUUUGAUAUAAUUGAUUCUAAACUAAGAAAAAUACAAUCAUCAUAUAUACAAAAGCCAUUUAAUUUAAAAUAUUUACAAACUUUUAUAAAGGACGAUGAUGAAGAUGACGAUGAUGAAAGUGAAAAAGAAGAUAGUGAUAAUAACAGCGAAGAUGAAGAUAAGAAAAAUAAAAAAUUGAAUGGUAAAAAGAAAAAAGAAGAGGAAAUUGAAGAGGAUCAUUUUGGAAACGUUAAAAAAGUUAAAAAAGAAGAAAAAGAAGAAGAGGAACCGUUCGAGGAAAUUAUAGAAACUAAAAUAAUACCAAAGAAACCAAUAUUAAAUUUAAAUAGUAAUAAAAAUAUUCCAACAGAUAUAAAUAAUAAUAGCAGUGAUGCAUCAUUAAAACCAACAUCAUUAUCAAACUCUACUCAGCAACCACCACAACAAGGAACCAUCCAAAGAAUCCAGUCGAUUCAAAAUUUAAUGCGAACCAAUAGUAUAAAAUCACUAUUGUUUAAACCAUUAUACAGUCAAAGUCAAAGUAAUUUAGAUGAUACACUAAAUAAUGAUAAUAUUAAUAAUAAUAAUAGUAAUAGUAAUAGUGAUGGAUUAAAAUCAACACCAUCAACAUCAGGGUCAAUAGCAACAUCAUUUAUAUUACCAAAUAAUUUAGAAUCAAUUUUUGAUGAAAGUAAUAAAAUUGGUGAAGGUGGUCAUUCUGUCAUUUAUAGAUACAUGGGCUGUGCAUUAAAAAAGUUUAAGAGUGCUUCUUCUCUCUCUUCAUCUGCAGAGGUCAGUAGUUUGUUUGAAAAUGAAGUUUCAAUAUUAGAGAAGCUAGACCACAGCAAUAUUAUCAAAAUUAUAACCAGCUCAACUUUAGAGAAAAUUAUAUUAUUAGAGUAUAUGGAUCAGGGCAGUUUAGAAAAGUAUCCACAGCAACAGCCGUUAGAACCAAAACAACAUUCGCCGCGUCAAUUAAUAGAUAUCCAAAUUCAACAUCAACAGCUUCCAAAUCCACUUGUAGUCAUUCAAGAUAUGCAGUCCGUUGUAGAUGCAAUGAUUUAUCUUCACUACGAAAAAUCCAUACUUCAUUUGGAUUUGAAACCAUCAAAUAUUUUAAAAAGCUCAAGCGGAGAAAUAAAGUUAAUCGACUUUGGAAUCAGUAAAUCAUCAAGCAAUAGUCCUAGACAUAUGGUUAAUAUGGGAUCAUAUAGAUACACUUCCCCAGAGUUUUUCAACAACUCUAGUGUCGGUAGGGCAAGUGAUGUAUUUUCAUUUGGUAUAAUGCUGUGGGAGCUAUUAAAUUGGAGAAUUCCUUAUGAAAGUUUAACCAGAGAUCAAAUUAAAAACAUAAAGAACGAAAUGGAAAGAGAGUCUCAUUUACCAUUAGACCAUCUACCCAUAAGUAUUCAAGAUUUAAUUAGACUAUGCUGGAAACAAGAUCCAUCGAUUAGACCAGACUUUAAAGAUAUUAAAUCAAGAUUAGAGGAAAUUAUAACAAGUAGUGUACCAAUAAAUAGCGGUAAAAUAUUUUGGAAAAAUUGUUGUGGCUAUAAAUUAAAUGGUGGUAGUAGUAGCAACAAUAAUAGCCAAGUUAAGAUAUUAGAGUCUAUUCCAUGGCAAGAUUUCAAAUCAUAUCUAUUAUCUCAAAUUAAAAUAGACUAUUCAAAACCAUUAAAGACCAAUAUAAAUAAUAAUAAUAACAAUAAUAAAAGUAACAGUAAUAAUAUCAAUACCAUUAAUAAAUUAUCACCAUAUCACGAAUAUAUGCUCGAUUAUAUAAAAUAUAUAUUAAAGGUCAGUGAAAAGAAUAAGGAUGUAACAGUAGAUAGUUUUGCAAGAUUCUAUAUAUUAUUCUCACCAAUAUCAUCAAGUUUAUUUAGAAGUGUUCAAAAUUUUUGUGAUAUUCAAGGAAUGUAUGGGUACUGUGUAAAGAAAGAUUUCAUACCUAGUAGCUCAAUGUUAAAUAGUUUAAAUGGUAUUGGUUACUUAUUAUUUUUAGACCCAGUAUGUCCAAAUUAUAUUUAUUUAAAAAUAAAAUCAAAAAAUAAUAGCAGUGGUGGUGGUGGUAAUAGUAAUAGUGGUACUACAGGAGAAACAGCGCUUAUAGAUUUUACAAUAAGAAUUAAAAUUAAUAAUUAUCAUCAAAAAACUUUUCAAUGUCAUGGUUAUUCAAGCUCAACAUUAUCAGGUUUAUUAAAAGAGUUGCAACAGGUAAUCGAGGGUCAUAAUGGUACAGGUAAUACCGGUAAAAAAGCAAACAGUAAAAUAUUCCAAAGAAGUCCUAUAUCAGAAAUUAAAGAUAGAUAUUUAAAUGGUUUUUAUUUUAACCAAAACAGAUUGCAAUAA